AUGAGUGAUACUCCUAACAAAAAAAGUGAUAUAGAAAAAAACUUAAAUGAGAAAGAAAAUGAUUCAUCAGAUGAAUCAAGUGAUUCCUAUUAUAAAAAUAAAUUUCGCUUUAAAAAGAACUCAAUAGAGAUAAAAAAGAAAAGUUUACUAAAAAACAAAUUAAAGAGUGAUGAUAUAACAAUAAUAAAAAAAGGUCUUAGUUUAAAUGAAAAUAAUAAAAAUUUAGAAAAUGGGGAAAUUUUCUGCCUUAGAAGCAAAAAAGAAAAUGAGAAAAAUAAAAAUCUUGAAAAGAUAAUUAAAAUAGGUACGAACAAUAUUAAAACAGAUGAAAAAAGUAAAAGCCGUAGUAUAACUUUUUUAAAUGAUAUAAAAAAAAAAGAUGAUGAAGAAAAUAAACUAAAUAUAGAAAAUACAAAUGAGAUAAAUAUAAAAAUAGAAAAAGAAUAUAGAGAUGAAACUAAGCAAAGCAAAAAUGAAGAUAAAAUAAAGUUAACAAAUUACAAUAAUGAAGAAAAAAAUUCACAAAGUUACAAUAAUAAUAUAAAAGAAAAACCAAACUUUCAAAAUGAAGAAAAUGAUGAUAAAAAUAGUGGAUAUUUUGACUCGCAUAAUGAAAAUAUAAAAAAUAAUGAAAAACUAAAAAAAUUUCAAAUAUUAAAAGAGAAAAAAAAAAAUGAAAAACUAUCAACUUUAAAUCUAAUUAAAAAACAUGGAAGAUUAAUAAAUAAAAUUGAAGAAAUAUAUAUUAAUAAUAAUGAGGAAAUAGAAAAUAUGAGAAAUGAGUUUACUGAUUUAAAAAAUGACCUCAAUAAAUUAAUGAACAUAAUAAAUAUAGGCCAAAAGGCAGUUGCAUUAUUAAAAUAA